AUGAAAACGAAAUUUUCUCAAGAGCGAUGCAGUGGCGCGACACCGAAACAAAGCUUUCUCCAAUACCAGAAAUGUUUCCCGAACACCAAUGUAGCCGAUUUAUUAGCUUGCUCACCUCCAAACGAAACUUGUGCUGGUAUCGUCAGCGGCUUGCAAUGUCAACAAGAUGUCUAUCAAGAGAAAUGCAAUGCUUCUUCAGCUUUUGCUGAUAUUAUGUACAUUGACGCAGUGAACGGAUUUAAUAAUUUCUCAAAUUGUACCACGGAAGUGGCCACGAAUUUUCACUCAAAAGUCACGACAAGCAACUUUUGGUUAUACAUAGCAAUUGCACUAGGUGUUUUGGGCUUUUUAGGUGUCAUCGCUGCUUCAGUUGCUUACAACAAAGCUCAAAUAAAUCCACAAACGAAACGCUAUUCG